ACUUGAGCCUUAACAACAUUUCACUCCUAAUUCUCCUUCACUUGACAAAAGCUUCGUGUGUAUCCACCUCUGUCUUUCCUUUCCUCUAAAGUAUUCUUUUACAAUAUAUAACUGUAACUACUUAUUUCCUAAGAAUUAUAACUUACGUAAAACAUGUUGGGCUAUGCGAACCCGUCGGGGAAUCUGGCUGUGGAUGGAGACAUGACAGUGUUGGAAAGACAGAGGGCGAGGAUGAAGUGGCAAGAAGAGCAAGAGUACUUUUCUGGAAACAGCUUCAACGGUGUUUUUUCUUCUUCUUCUUCUCUGCACGUUCCAGAUUCCAUUAUGGUGGCUGCUGACUCCGGUUGUGCACUUGCUGAGGUCGUGGCUCAGGCUCAGCCUCGCUCAAUCAAUAAGCCAUCUGCUGCUCCUGGGCUUCAUGCCAAUUCUUCUUCUAUUUCAAGGACUUUUAGUUGUCCACCUGCUCUGGUGGACCCCGAGCCCAAGCCCACUGACUCCUCAAUUGGGAAAGACAGUUUCAAGAAGAGGAAAACUGACAAGCCUCACAAUCCCAAGGUUGUUGCAGAAAAUGAGAACAAAGACAAGAGGAUCAAAGUCGGCGCUGAUGAUGGAGAAUCCAAAAUCACCAAGUGUAACACAAUAAACACAAAUACCAACAACAAAGAAACUUGCACAGAUACUUCAAAUUCAAAGCAAAAUUCAAAAGCCUCCGAAAAACCUGAUUACAUUCAUGUCCGAGCACGUCGGGGCCAAGCCACCGAUAGUCAUAGCUUAGCCGAAAGAGUUAGAAGGGAAAAAAUUAGUGAGAGAAUGAACUAUUUGCAAGAUUUAGUACCCGGUUGCAACAAAGUCACGGGAAAAGCUGGAAUGCUUGAUGAAAUCAUCAACUAUGUUCAAUCUCUUCAACGACAAGUUGAGUUUCUCUCAAUGAAAUUAGCUGCUGUGAACCCAAGGCUUGACUUCAGUAUGGAUGAUCUAUUUGACAAAGAUGUGUUUCCUACUUGUGCUGCAAAUUUUCCAAACAUUGGAAUGUCAUCAACAUCAUCAGACAUUACUAACCCUGCCUAUCUUCCGUUUAAUUCACCGCAGCAAAUUUUUCAAUAUGAUGGAUUAGACACGGGGAUUAACCCUUCUGAUGUGGGGCUUAGAAGGACCAUAAGUGCCCCCGUAUCAAUGCCUGAAACAUAUCUUCAAUCGUCCUGUUUCACACAAAUGCUACCCUCCUCAACAUGGGAAGGUGAUUUCCAAAACCUUUGCAAUUUUGAUGUUGAUCAAGCACGAGCCACAUCUUUCCCUUCUCAGCUGUUAUCAGGUCUGGUUGAAGCUGGCAAUCUAAAGAUGGAGAUGUAGACUAGAGCUUCUAUUUCCUACUGCAACUUAUCAAGAUUCUUUUUGUUUUAUUUUCAAGUACAUAGCAUAUAUAAAUUGUUUGUAACUGCUCCAUAAUAUAAAUAAAAUUUAUUAAUUAAUACCUGUUAACUUCA